AUGAGGUUGCGUCAUUUACAGUGCACAGAGUCUUUUUACAAGGAUAGCAUCUUACAAGAAAUUAGUAAUCGGAGAGUUAGCAACGAAGAGAAGAAGAAGAUUUUAGAGCUUUUAAGAAGGGUAGGGCGGGAGGAUAUUAGUGAUGAUGAAGAAGAGGAAACUAAUGCCAAUGAUUUUGUUGAAAGAUUUCGAUCUGUGGACAUAGAAUCAGCAUCAUAUGAAUCAAUCUGGAAUAAUUUGACAGAUCAAGAGCGCACAGAAUUUGAAAAACUUGUAUCAGACAGACCGAGUGUGCUUUUACAGGAAAUACAUUUAUGGAAACCAUGGUGGGAACAAUCUUGUCUGAAUGAUGAAACAGUUCAAAAACCAGUGAUCAUAGAGUUAGAUGAGAGCUUGCCCGUAGACAAGGACAUAUCGCUACCAAAAAUCAUGAAAGUCACUAAGAAACUUGAAGAAUUGACUAACAAGCCACCCAAUCCAAAGAUUAUUUUCAAUCUUUUGAACAAACAUAUGGAAUCACACGAAUUCACUCUAAUCUUACUCAAUGAUAUCAAUACAUUGUUGGCCGAUGUUGACAAUGUGCUUGCGGCGUUGUCAGAAAUAUAUAGCAUAUUCCAUAUUUUAAACACAACUCGACAGACACAAGAGUCCAAACCACCUGUAACUCCACAUUCGCGAAAAGCCUUCUUAACCGAGAAAAAGGUUUAUUUCUAUUUUGCUUAUGUGCAAUCGCUAAAGGAAAAGGAUGGGGCGAAAGCGUUCGGUGCAUUGAGGACUCUGAUAAAAUCAGAAAAGUCAGUCUUUUAA